UGCCCAUUGGUUAUUGUGAGUUAAGCUGACAGGACAGCCUACCAAUCUCUUGAACGCGUACGGUUGGCAUCUGUAGGUGCUGUGUGCGCAGCUCCAGUCCGGGCUCAGCUGGCAAGUUUCGCUGAUGGCGGUCACCAGGCAGCUUUGGAUCCGAAUCAUUUACGCGGCGACGGGCACCUUGUUUGGCCUAUCAGCCUUCCUGGUAUGGAAUGUGGCCUUCGUGCAGCCUUGGACUGCGGCCAUGGGUGGGCUCUCAGGAGUGCUGGCACUCUGGGCGCUCAUCACACACAUUAUGUAUGUGCAAGACUUCUGGAGGACAUGGCUGAAAGGACUGCGCUUCUUCCUUUGUAUCGGCGUGCUUUUCUUUAUACUCUCACUGGUGGCCUUCAUCACAUUCCUUGCAGUAGGCAUAUCAGAAAAGCAGUCUAUAACAGACCCAAAGAGCUUAUACUUGUCCUGUGUGUGGAGCUUUAUGUCCAUGAAGUGGGCCUUCCUGCUCAGCCUGUACUCACACCGCUACAGAAAAGAGUUUGCCGACAUCAGCAUCCUCAGUGACUUCUGACACAGACAAUGCCCAACUGGGGACUUAAAUCCUGGAGUUUUAUAUGUGUGAUGGAGCACUGCUCUUUCUUCUCUGUACUGAUCAUCUGUUUGAUACCUGAAGAAGGAAGGAUGGAAGACCAUGAACAUUGCUUUCAUAUUCCUAUUUCUAACUGCCACGCAUCUGCAUAUCCCAUGGCUAUUUUGGUAUUCAUUUGAAUCCUUUUUUGGGGUUGAGAGCUGCAAUAUUUCUGACAGAGUAGUGAUUGGCUGCUACUGGGGCCUGCACAAACACAGUUCUGGUCUAAAAAAAAACAAAAAAAAAAAACAAAGGGGAAAAUAAACAUUUUUAACUUCCAUAAGAAAGGGGGCAUUUCACUUUACAGCUUACCUCAUCUUAUCCACAAAAUGCUCAUUUUCCCUAUUUGCUAUUAUAUAUAUAUAUAUAUAUAUAUAUAUAUAUAUAUAUAAAAUUUUUUUUUUUUUUUUAGACCUUCAGCUUUUAAAACUUGUUUGUAUCUGUAUGUGUGUAUUCAUAUGUAUAUCUGUGUGUGUUGUGUGGGUGUUUUGUUAUGUGGAUAUACAAUAUUAAUUUACAUUAUUGAACCUUUAGCCCAAAGGUAGAAGAAGGAUUGCCUCGGCGCUGUGUCUGGGAGAAUUGUAUUGGUCUACUGUGUAGCCCUUUGGGUGGCAGGCAGAAAGCCCAGAGAUCUGAUUUAGGCGCAUUGGGAAGUGCAGCACUUAAAGGGAGAAAUCCUGCUGGCACUCUGCCUGUAUCAUGUACAUUCAUAUCAUUAUUUUAGUCAUGUUUAUUCAAAGUGAAUCAUUAUAAAAUAUUCAUUUUUUUAAAUAUAUGUACAAUUAUGAAAAGAAUAAACUG